ACCUAAUGACCCCGGCGAAGCCGGGUACUUUCGCUUGUAUAUAAUAACAACGUGUUAAUAACAGUAGUAUUAUUUAAUAACGUGAAUACGUAACUCAUGGGGAAAGGAAAAGAUAUAGAUGUUUUCCUCAGAAUGAACUUUCUUUAUCAGGUGAUGCAUAAAACCAUAGCCAAGCUCCCAGAAAACUUAGGACUUCUUUAUUAUUAUGGUUUUACCUUGCAAAUGAUAUCACAGAGGACCACUUCCAAAUUAGAUCACAACAUAAAAAGUUCUAUAUGUAAGAGAUGCAGUGUUCUAUUGUAUCCUGGCCUGACUUCUAUUGUUCGACUUAAAAGAAAGAGAUCUAAACACAGAGUUGUGACGUGCUUGUUGUGUGGAACAAGAAAGAGAUUUUUGUGUAGACCAGACUACCAGGUGUGGUAUGACAAACCUGGAACUUAAAUGUGGGAAAUUAAAAAGAAAGUGAUCAUACAUAUUGAAAGAUUUUUAGAAAAUAUUGUUAUCUAACACUUGCACAAGUAGCUAAGUAUAUGAAUGUGAUGUUAAAUGUGAAGAAAAGUAAAAGAUAUUUAUGCUGAAA